AUGUUAAUAAUCACUACUCUAUAUCCAUUAAUAUUUACUACGCAAACUACUGUCACAGAUAAUAGUUUAAAUAGUGAUUUAAUAUUAUGUAACAAUAUUACAAGACUUAAUGAAUUGUGUUUAAAUAAUGGUGAAUGUGGAAGAAUAAAAGAUACAGAUGUUACCACAGAGGUGGGUGUACGCAUAAAAAUGCAAAAGAGGUCUAAUUCAGAUACGUUGUUGGUUGAGAAAAAAAACCAGAAAACGACAUUAUAA